CCCGCCGCGCCGCCCCCCGCCCCGCUGGCGCCGCCCGCGCCGCCGCCGCGCGCCGACAGCCUGCGCCUCUCCGCCGACGACAUGGUGCUGGUGGCCAACGCGGGGCUGCGCACGCGCGCCGGCACGCUGGCGCACUACCUGAGCGCGGCGUGCCCGCUCGCGCGCAGCGCCUACUUCGAGCCGGAGCGCGAGCGCGGCGCGCGGCACAGCGCCAGCACGCACGCGCUGCGCCGCGAGCGCGACGCGCCGCCGCCGCCGCCGCCGUGCGACUGCCUGCCCACGGAGCCCAUCCCGCCGCCGGAGCAUUUCGAUUUUUGAAUUUCGAACGCGCUCUUGUUGCGUUGCCUUUGUUGGAUGCGAAGUAUGAACUGCCUCGCUCCGUUCGUUUGUGUUGACCGUUUUGAAUUUCGAAUUUGUUUCGCGGCGGACGGAGGCGCGUUUCGAUUUGCGAUUUUUUGUCUAUGGACUCGCUCGCUCCGUUUUUAAUUAUGUUGGCUGUUUGUAUUUGAUUUGUUAAGGUCAAGCGCGUUCCGAUUGUGAAUUAACGGUUUUAUAUGAAAAUGAAGUUUUCUGUUCACUAUGCACACGAAGGCGGGCGACGAAUGAGUUUCCACGGGCUUAAAUUAUAAAGUUAGUAUCUGACAGACAGCGAGUUAGCGCACAUCCCGAACUAGAAAAGAUAUCGGAACGCGGCUUUCCCCUAUGUUACAGUUUUGUUUUUCUUUCGAAUUUUAGCAAUAAUAUUGUUAUACACACAAAGGUGACGCGUCCGACCCUGCGUGCGCGUCACUUGGCAUAGAGAAGUGCGAAGCAUAGCUAUUAUACUCUAUGGUUAAUCUAUAAAUAAUAAUCAUCGACAAAUAUAAUUUAGGUGAUAACUUUUUAAUUUACGUUGGACAUGUGUAAAUAAUUCAGCGCGUGAUAAUUUUCAUCUUUACACAUUGUUUUAUUUGGUGAUUCGACAUGUUUUUAAUAUUUUUUUAACGAUAAAGUGAGAAAAAAGAUUCAAUUUAAUAUUAAAAUGGGCGUGAUUAACGAUGUGCCAAGAUGGAUCUGGGGCCGAUGGUGUUUCGAUCGAUGCAUUAUUAUUAUAAUUUUUUUUUAUUAGUUAUUUAUAUGCUCUCAAUUAAACAACGCCUUUGUAAAAUAUCAUCACUGUGAGAAUCACGUGGUUUUUUAUUAUUUUUAAUUGUAGAUAAGUGUCGGUCGGGGUCGAUGGAGACGGGAUGCGUUGUUAAACUUAAUCUAAUAUGAAAUUCGAAACAUCAAUCGUAUAAAAAGACAUUUAUAGAACAAAAGGAAACAGCAUCCAAACAAACCUUCACCGGACAUGGCGUAAUUUUCGUGCUAUCGCUUAAUUAUUAUUAUUAAUUUUACGUAUAUUAAUAAUGUAAUGUAAUAAUGUACAAAGUGGGUUCGCGCUCAACAUACAAGUUUUAGCUUAGUGUUAAUUGUAAUUUUGUUUCCAGUCUAAUGAGAGUAAAAUAAAAAAAAUAAAGGAAAAUGCAAAUGGCUGUCUGUUGAAAUGUAAUUAGGUAAUCAUAUUACACUUUUGCUACGGAAUUUGAGUAUUGCUUGAAAUGUUGUAAGAGAAUUAAUUAUUGCUAAUCCUUAUUUGUUUUUUUGACGUCACUUUAGAAAUUCUUAUGAAUUUUAUUUGUAGAGCACACACACCUUACGAACUUGUUUUAUUUGUAUUGAAAUUUGUUGAAACGUUCGACUCGUAUUAUACUCAAUUUUUUUAGUCGAUAUUUUUUUAUUGAUUCUGAUGUGACGCCAAAAAAUUAAAACGGCUCUCGAAUGCGGACGCGUAUGGCGUGGUCGUGAACAAUAAUAAGUCAGCUGUUUGACUGUGGUUUAAAAAAAAAUCUUUUUUUUAUCUGGCGCGCGUCAUUCGCGUUCGAAUUUUGAAAACUAGUUGAAAUCUGUGUGAAAAUGGUCGUUUGUACGCGAUCGCAUGCACUUGUCUCUUUCUAAUUAUAAGGCUGAAUUAGAAAGUGUCAAAAUUGUUUUCUCAUUUAUAGUAACGGGCGGCGAUACAACUCGCGCGCAUUAUAGGGUGACCAGUUAAAUUAGUGUAAUGUGAUGGAAGUAUUAUGAACUUUGUAGUUAUAGCAAUAAUGUUCAUCAUGAUUGUGUCAAAUUUAUUAAUUUUUAUUUUUGUUGUAGCAACCCUAAUUAACGGUGCGUUCAGCCUUUUUGUGAUUUCGUGUGAUGUUUUCGGAGUUUUUUUUUUUUGUUUAAUUUUGUCAUUUUAUUGUGUGUGAUAUGCAUACUUACUAGAUAUAAUUAAACAUAGGUCUGUAUGUAUGUAGCCGUGCGGCGAUCGCGUUUUUUCUAAAUAAUCUUAAUUAAGCGUAGUGUUAUACUUUUACAUGAAAAUCACAAAUCUGACACGUCGGCUUCGUAUAUCGUGAUCAUCGCAAUAUAUUAUAUACCAAGGAUUUUAUAUUGUUUUACUCUAUACCUUCUUGUUCCCUAUUUAAUAAUGAAAUUUGUACAUUCAUUUUAUAUCUCGAAUAUUCUUUUUUUUUUCAUAAAUGCAACUUGUUAUGAAUACUCUUUUGAAAAUGUAUUAUAAAGGUUUUAAACGUUUUUUUUUUUUAAUUUUAAUGAUCUCGGAGACAUUACAAAAAGUAAUCGUGCCAUGAUAUGUUAGUAAUAAAUGUACGAAAUGAAUAAUAUAGAACUAUAAAUGAUUUUUUUGCGGAUUAGGAGAAGCAAAUUUUAUUUAUUUUCAUGAAACAUUAUUUCCGGUGAUUUGAUUGAUGUGAUGUAGAAGUUUAUUUGCAAUCUUAGAUUUUAUUGGAAUAUACCUCGAGUUUUUGUACAGUUAACAAAAAAAUUAUGUUUAAAUUUUUAUUUGUAAUGAAAUAAGAUGUCGCGAUACGCGAAGCCGCUACACAUAAUAAUGGUUACAUACUGUAGUUAUAUAUUUAUAUAUAUGAGCUUUGGUUUAUAUAAUUUAGAAUAGAGUCGACCGUUCCUGUGGGUUGGCUGCGGCGUUUGUGAGAUAUUCAAGUGGAAAUAAAUUUUAUUUUUAAUUCCAA